AAAAAGAGAAAGGUUACUUCUUCUUUACAUGUUGAUCCUCUUUCCUCAUAACAUGUAUAACAUUAUCUUAUUUCUCUUGAUAUUAGUCACUCCGUUUACCCUGCAACAACAGCAGAUAGACACAAGUCAGCUACCAGGAGCGCUUUCCCAGAUACCCUUGAGUGAUGGCAUGUCAGCCACUGUUCAGUUUGUACAGUACUCUGAUCAUUUAUCCUAUACGCUUUACUUAAAUCCUAAUAAUGUGCAAUAUUGGAAUACGAGCAUUUGCUUAGCUUGGAUUGUAGGAACUCCCUCCCUUCUGCUAGACUCUACUCAUCAAUGCAGUUUUAUGAAUGACACAAGCAGCAAAGCGUGUAUACCCGACAUUCCUUCUAAUCCAUGCAUAACACCUAUCAAAUUACCAGAUGCAUGCUCUAAUAUCGAAACACUCUCAGGCUCUUAUCCGCUCACUUCUAGUAGCUAUACUACAACAACGCCGAUCAUUUCCGUAAAUAGUACAAAUACUCAAAUAUACCCAAAUGCAAGAAAUACGGUAGCUGGUAAAUCUGUUUUGAUAUCCCUGACAGAAAACUUGAACGGAACACAGCAGCAGUUUGUCAGUUGUUCAAACAUUAGAUUGGGCAAUGGAACGUCAAGUAAUUUUACAUAUUAUCCAGUUAACAAUGGCACCAUUCAAUUUCCAAAUCAUGCUUCCAGGAGAUUAUUAUCUCCUAUUGUUUUAUUGCCCUUUAUUAUUACCCUUUUCAUUCAUACCUUAAACGUGAUAUUCAAAUAAGGCUGGUUUAAUCAACCCAUGAAAUCAGCUGCUUCUAUUUGCACAAACAGAGGGCUUAAUAUUCCCCCAUUAAAGCAUCUUCUCUCCUCCUUAAAGAACUCUUUAAGAAUACAAUCUAUAUUUAUGCAGAGAAAGAAAAUAUCUUUUUAUUUAUAUAAAUCAAAUACAUAAAACUCUUGAUUUUUAAUCAAACAGGA